UCUUCAACGCUCAACUUCAUUAUGCAAUAGCAUGGUCAACAACGAAGCAAUUAAGCUUGCAAUUGAAGAUCUUGAAUUGCAAGAGACUCCAAAUUACAGUGCGACUGCGAAAAAAUAUUCACUCAGCCGAGAGACCCUGCGCUGGCGGCAUCAAGGUCUACAAGUUGAUUGCCAUGAAGCAACCUCCAGACAUAAGAAGAAGCUCACCAAUAUACAGGAGGAUGAGCUCCUAGAGUAUAUAAACAAGCUCUGCAACCACGGCCUUGCUCCUACACCUCAAAUCCUUCAAAAUAUCGUGCAAGAGAUGACGGGAGAGGACAUGGGAAUCAACUGGGUGACAUGGUUUUGUGAGCACCACAAGGACAAGAUCAAGACUGUUUAUCUCAAGCCGCUUGACAAGAAUAGACAGGUAGCAGAUAAUUACCACUGCUUUCAGCACUUCUAUAGCCUUUUGAGUGAGAAAAUCAGCCAGUAUAAUAUUACACUGGAAAACACAUACAACUUUGAUGAAAAAGGAUUCCUCCUAGGCUCCUGUCAUGCCUUGAAGCAUCUUGUCUCUAUUAAAGCCCUACAAGCUGGUAAAAGUGUUGCAACUCAGGAUGGAAGCUGGGAAUUCCUCUCACUGCUCUGUUCAGUCUCUGCAGAUGGGAUUGCAUUACCUCCAGCUCUUAUUUAUCAGGGUGAAUCCAGAGAUCUUCAGGAUAUGUGGCUGGAUGAUUUUGAUGGAAGUGAAUAUGCCUACUUUGCAGCCUCAGUGAAUGGCUGGAGCAAUGAUAAAUAUGGCCUGGAGUGGUUGCAAUGGAUUUUUAAUCCGCAUACAAAGGCAAAAGCAGGUAGGGCAAGAUGUCUGCUUCUACUAGAUGGACAUUCUUCCCAUAUAAAUAUGAAAUUUAUUGAAUAUGCAAACCGCGAAAGGAUCCUGCUGUUGAUCCUUCCACCGCACUCUACCCACCAUUUGCAGCCUCUUGAUGUUGGUGUUUUUGGGCCGCUGGGCAAGGCGUAUUCCAGCGAGCUGGAAUCCCUACUAUGCUGUGGACUGGGCUAUAUUCAAAUGACAAAAAGGGAUUUCUGGAGACUAUUCAAUGCAGCAUGGAAGAAGGCUUUGACAGGUGACAAUAUAUGUGCUGGCUUUGCAAAGACUGGCAUUUAUCCCCUGGAUCCCCAGCAUCAACUAAGCUGA